ACCCACGCGCUCUGACUCCAGCUCGUGAGCGCUGUCUGCCUCGCAUCCUCCCUCUCCCAUGUUUUCUCUCCGCCGCCCCCUCAUCCAUCCGGAUUGGACUCCUUCUCCUUCAAAAGCAGUUCGGGUGCUCGGCGCUUUCCCAUACCCCUGCUCCGCGGACCCUUCGGUCUCCUUCCCUAUUUAACCUCAGCCUUCUGAGAGAGUUGCCACGUCUCUAAGCCCUAACCCCAACACACACACGCAUUCACACGCAGACACGCACGUUUCCUGUCGCUGUGUGACACCCACCCUCUGCCGCACGGCCGCGCGGUCCCCGCGCGGUGCCCUCCUCCCGCCACACUCACACACGCACGCAGGCGCGCGCAGAGCCGAGCGGAGGCAGCUUGCCGACAGUUCGCACUCGGAGGCGACCCGCUCCAGUCUCACAGCGCUGAUGGCAUCUCCAGGCUCAGGCUUUUGGUCCUUCGGGUCUGAAGAUGGCUCCGGGGAUCCCGAGAACCCCGGCACAGCGAGAGCCUGGUGUCAGGUGGCCCAGAAGUUCACGGGAGGCAUCGGAAACAAGCUGUGCGCCCUGCUCUACGGAGACGCCGAGAAGCCGGCGGAGAGUGGCGGGAGCGAGCCCCCGCGGGCCACCUCCCGGAAGGCCGCCUGCGCUUGUAAUCAGAAGCCUUGCAGCUGCCCCAAAGCGGAUAUCAACUAUGCGUUUCUACAUGCAACAGACCUGCUGCCAGCGUGUGAUGGAGAAAGGCCCACUUUGGCGUUUCUGCAAGAUGUUAUGGACAUUUUGCUUCAGUAUGUGGUGAAAAGUUUCGAUAGAUCAACCAAAGUGAUUGAUUUCCAUUACCCUAAUGAGCUCCUUCAAGAGUAUAACUGGGAAUUGGCAGACCAACCACAAAAUUUGGAGGAAAUUUUGAUGCAUUGUCAAACGACUCUGAAGUAUGCAAUUAAAACAGGGCAUCCGAGAUAUUUCAAUCAACUUUCCACGGGACUGGAUAUGGUUGGAUUAGCAGCAGACUGGCUGACAUCAACAGCAAACACCAACAUGUUCACCUAUGAAAUUGCUCCAGUAUUUGUGCUCUUGGAAUAUGUCACGCUAAAGAAAAUGAGAGAAAUCAUUGGCUGGCCAGGGGGCUCUGGCGAUGGGAUAUUUUCUCCUGGUGGCGCUAUAUCUAACAUGUAUGCCAUGCUGAUUGCACGCUUUAAGAUGUUCCCAGAAGUCAAGGAAAAAGGAAUGGCUGCUGUUCCCAGGCUCAUUGCCUUCACAUCCGAGCAUAGUCAUUUUUCUCUCAAGAAGGGAGCCGCAGCUUUGGGGAUUGGAACAGACAGCGUGAUUCUGAUUAAAUGCGAUGAGAGGGGGAAAAUGAUCCCAUCUGAUCUUGAAAGAAGGAUCCUUGAAGCCAAACAAAAAGGAUUUGUUCCUUUCCUUGUGAGCGCCACAGCUGGGACCACCGUGUAUGGAGCAUUUGACCCCCUCUUGGCAGUUGCUGACAUUUGCAAAAAGUACAAGAUCUGGAUGCAUGUGGAUGCAGCUUGGGGUGGGGGAUUACUGAUGUCCCGGAAGCACAAAUGGAAACUGAGCGGCGUGGAGAGGGCCAACUCUGUGACAUGGAACCCACACAAGAUGAUGGGUGUCCCUUUGCAGUGCUCUGCUCUACUGGUUAGAGAAGAGGGAUUGAUGCAGAGUUGCAACCAGAUGCAUGCCUCCUACCUCUUCCAGCAAGAUAAACACUACGACCUGUCCUACGACACUGGGGACAAGGCCUUACAGUGCGGACGCCACGUUGAUGUUUUCAAAUUAUGGCUAAUGUGGAGGGCAAAGGGCACCACUGGGUUUGAAGCACAUAUUGAUAAGUGCUUGGAGCUGGCAGAGUAUUUAUACAAUACCAUAAAAAACCGAGAAGGAUACGAAAUGGUGUUUGACGGAAAGCCUCAGCACACAAACGUCUGUUUCUGGUACGUGCCCCCAAGUUUGCGUGUCCUGGAAGACAACGAAGAGAGAAUGAGCCGCCUCUCAAAGGUGGCCCCAGUGAUUAAAGCCAGAAUGAUGGAGUACGGGACCACAAUGGUCAGCUACCAGCCCUUGGGAGACAAGGUCAAUUUCUUCCGCAUGGUCAUCUCAAAUCCCGCAGCAACUCACCAAGACAUUGACUUCCUGAUUGAAGAAAUAGAACGCCUUGGACAAGAUUUAUAAUAACAUAGCUCACUAAGCUGUUUCAGUUCUCUAGGUAGACAAUUAAGUUGUCACAAACUGUGUGAA